AUGUUUCAUCCAUGGAGAGAUUUAGCAGUACUGAAGUCUGGACAAAAUACUUGCACUGAAGCCUUCAAUUUUCUAAAAGAUCAAAUUAAGGAUGGACUUGAUUACGGAGAAAUGCAGACAGAAUUCUUAAAUAACAUUGAGAAAGCGUUUGAAAAGAAUGAAGAAAAAGUAGCGGAAAUUGAAAGAGAUCGACAGGGAGAUGAUCACAAAGAUAAUGGUCUAGAGAAUCCACUGGACUUCUUACCUGUUGAAACUGUGAAUGCAAUGAAGGAUUUCAGAAAUGUUAAAGAUUUGGUAUCUGAAAAUGAGCUCGAACAAAUGAUAGAAGGUUUAAAUGUUGACCAAAAACGUAUUUUCGACAAGAUAUGUAAGACUUUAUUAGAUGAAUCUAAAAAACUUUGA